AUGGAGUCUGCUGUCGCUGUGCAACAGCAUCCGUAUCGGCACCGAAAGAAGUUUGUCCUCUGUUUCGAUGGAACGGGCAACAAGUUCUCUGGUACCGAUGCCGACUCGAACAUCCUCAAGAUCUACCGUAUGCUCGAUCGUAACGGAGACGACCAGUUUCAUUACUAUCAACCCGGCAUUGGCACGUAUGUUGUCGCGAACUCGACGGAAGCUGGUUCACACACGGGCCGUAUCGAUAGGAUCAAGUCCUGGUAUCAAAAAGCGAAGGACAGCGCCGUGGGCACGUCUUUCGAUGCCCACGUCAUGGGGGGCUACAAGUUCUUGAUGCGGUACUACCGCCCGGGAGAUGACAUCUACUUCUUUGGCUUUUCAAGAGGUGCGUAUACGGCGCGCUUUUUAGCAGAAAUGUUAGAUCAUGUUGGCCUGCUUUCCGCUGGCAAUGAAGAGAUGUGCCACUUUGCAUGGAAGACAUUCCAGCGCUGGCAAUGCCGACAAGGAAACAAUUCCGAGGAGAAACAGCAGAAGAAAUAUCUACUGGAAUUUAUGUGCGCUUUCCGCGAGACUUUCAGUCGUCCGGUCAAACCCAUUCGGUUUCUGGGGCUCUUCGACACUGUGAACAGCGUGCCUAGGUUCGAAAACGCAUGGAUGCAGAGGAGCAAGUUCCCGUAUACCGCGCGGAGCUCAGCAAGGGUGAUUCGCCAUGCCGUCUCGAUCGAUGAACGACGAGCCAAGUUCAGGCAGGACUUGAUAUCGCAAGAGAAGCCGAACAGGGCACAUCACUACAAACGUCGGCAUAAGCACUCGCAUCCCCAUAAUGCAUUGGAAGGCGCGGUUCGCCAGAGUGGCAAUCAGGAGCCAUCUAGAGGCCGUAAGCCCUCGGUGCCGAAUGGUCGUCGCGAUACGCUGGCAGUACCCGAGCGAUAUCGCAAUCACUCAGAGACAUCAGGAGUGCGCAAUCUCAGUCCCAGCUACUCUGUGUCAGACCGGACAGGGGCCAACUCCCCCGCUUCUUCGAUUUCCGAUAUGUCUAUGGACGCCAUUCAGCAUUAUGAGGGUCCGGACUCUGAGGAUGAGGGUGAACAGGAUAUUCAAGAAGUAUGGUUUGCGGGAUGUCAUGCAGACAUUGGAGGAGGUUGGCCAUUACAUCCUGGUGAGGAUGCUGCUUUGAGCCACGUACCCCUCGUGUGGAUGGUUCGUGAGGCACAGAAGACUGGUUUGCAGUUCGAUGAAACUAAGCUCCGCGCCUUGCACUGCACGCACGAAGAAGCGGUGUUGGCUGAGCCCCUAGAGCCACGCCGCCAUACCAUGAAUCUUGUUCCAACGAUCGAAAUCGAUCCUGCGUCUCCCGCGCCCGUGACUGACCACGAGAACUCGCCGCUCGAACACCGGGAUGAAGAAGGGAAGAGAGGUAUUAGCAGGGACUCAAGUCCUUCUCUUAGCGACCUGCACCACCACCACCGCCAUACGAAAUUCUUCAGGCAUCUCCAUUCCGCAUCAACCCGCGGCAAGAUUCACGAUGUCCUGCAAUUCAACAAUGGAGCUUCCCGCCUCAGCGUCGUCUCCUGGAACAUGAUGGAAUACCUGCCCUUCCGGCGCAUGGACCUCCAAGAAGACGGGUCAUGGAAAGCGAUCGUCUGGCCUCUACCCAAGGGCGAAGUGCGCGACAUCCCCGACAAUGCUAUCAUCCACUGCAGCGUUAUCAAGCGGAUGGAAGUAGACCCGAACUACCGGCCCGGAAAUCUUAUAGUGGGUGGGGGAGGACGAGGAGUCCGGAGAGCACCGGCGGAGAUGGGGAUGGGGAAAUGGAAAGUGUUCCAUGAGGAAGGACAUCCGGUAGGAGAAUGCUACGUCAGGAGGGAGAAGCCGGAAAGUAGGAAGACGGAAGAGGUUGCUAGGUCGUUUGCUACGACGCCUAACGGGCCGCAGGGUAUGUUUCUUUCGGGGCGUUAGAAGUAUCGUAUCGUGAUUGCAGAUGCGAGCUGAGAGGCAUGGGGUGGAGCGCGGCAGGAGCGUUGGAAUUAUGCACGUGGGAGAUUAGCUUGUAGUUUCAAUUCACUCCCUCCUAUCCUCAUAGCUUCCCAUGGCAUACGUACCGCUGUUUGAACAAUGCCCCUCAAUAUGCCAAAUUAGGCAAUUUUCAGUCGCCGUCGAUCAUAGUAAAACUAUUCCGACUUUAAAAUCUUUUCCAUAGGAAAACCAUUGCGGCCUCACAACGGUGUCGCUCGCGAAACCGUUGCGCAACCGUUUCGACAACGGAAACCAUUACACAUCCAAACGCACACCCAUUAAAACGGAUCCUAUCUAGAAAGCAAUUUCAUCGCAAAAUAAAUGUUGACCUUAAAAAU